AUCACGCGUCUUUUCGUCUACCACUUUUCGCGAUCCCCAAAACACGACACGCCGCCGCAAAACCGAAGUUCGAUCUUCGCUCUACGGUCGUACGUACGCAUAAUUCACGCUAAAAUCAAACUGAUCGCACAGUCGGCUGAUACGGCCCUACAACUCCGCAAAGAGCUGUUCUCUCACACUGCUGAGGAAGCACGAGCAGAGUGGAUGUGUCUGUAAUACGUGUAUAAUUAACCAACACGCCGAGGCGAGAGGCACCACGGCCGUUUCUCCCAGUGUUCCACAGUGUUCAUAUGAACAUGCAUCCGAGGGUCGUGUAUUCGUAGUUAGCGGUGAACCUUGGCGGACUCAGCGCACCGGUUUGACAGCUAGACCUGGACGACCACCAUCCGUGAACCUUCAGUGCCUAGAGGAUCCUCCCGGUCACGGAAAUAUCACGACAGAGCGAAUUUCGCAGUUUCGAUAUUGUGCUUCGUUUUUAAAACCUCGUGGGACAGGAUGAGCGGGACUCACACGGGCUCGGCCAUGGCGAUCCUCAUUCUCGGCUUGACCACAAUUUUGGUCUCCAUGGUCCCCAUGGCGGCUGAGGCUGCAGCGGUUGUAAAGAAAAACGCUUCGGCUAGGCAACUGGAUUUAUGGGAGGACGAGGACUACGUUCCUUACCGAGGUGAUCGGUUCAACGUCUUCGACUGGGGUCUGUGCAAGAAUCUGGCGGCGAAGUACCCCUCCAACAUGCUCAUCUCGCCGAUAUCAGUGAAACUCGCCUUGGUUUUGCUCUACGAAGGUGCUCAAGGCCAAACUGCUCACGAGCUUGCCGGUGCCUUGGAGCUUCCCAAUGGUCGUGAAGCGACUCGGGAUCGUUUCUCGACCAUUCUCCGCUCUUUGCAGACGUAUCAGCAAGAGUACACCUUGGACAUAUCUACUCGUCUUAUUGUCGACACGUCGAUUCAGCCUAAACAACGUUACAGUGCGAUCGUCAAGACUUUUUACUCCACAGACGUUGUGACCACUAAUUUAUCCAAUGCCCGUCCUGCACUCGCAAGCAUCAAUGCAUGGGUCAGCAAUGUGACUCAUGGUCAUAUUAAGGAAGUUCUUACGGACGAGCAAAAAAUCAAGGAAUCCGUUUUCUUGGUGAUGAAUGCCUUGUACUUUGAGGGGACCUGGCGACAUCCGUUCUCGAAGAACGCUACUAAGUAUGGCGCCUUCCACACAGACAUCGAGAAAAGCGUUCAAGUUCCCUACAUGAAUGCCGUUGGCCGUUUCUAUUACGCAGAUAUUCCAGAGCUGGAUGCCCAACUCGUCAGAUUGCCUUAUCUCGGUCACAAAUACGCGAUGUUCAUAGUUGUGCCUCGAGCAAGAACCGGGCUUCAGCAGCUAGUGAAAGACAUAAACCCGUUCAUUAUAAAGAAUCAUAUGAUGUUGAUGCAGGAGAUCCCAUUGGAAGUAUCUUUGCCUAAAUUCAAAUUUGACUUCACAACUCAUUUGGAAUCUACGCUUCGUGAGUUGGGCAUCCGAGAUAUUUUCGACAAUACAGCUGCUUUUCCUGGCAUAGCUAGAGCCAGGGCAAACUCUCAGCGUCUAAUCGUUUCUGACUUUGUUCAGAAAGCAGGCAUAGAGGUGGACGAGACUGGUACCACAGCGCAAGUCGUUACUGUGGUUUCACUCGGCAACAAGAAUUCCGACACAGUUGUCAACGUUAGGCAUCCGUUCUUCUUCUUCAUAGAGGACGAGUUUUCCGGGGCUAUAGUCUUCGUUGGGAAAGUAACGAACCCCCUGGAAACGAAUGGAUUUUUCGAGGAACCGGUGACAAAAUCGCCAAACCCGUUUGGCUCAACGAUCUUCAGCGCAGUUCCAGUCGCUGCACCUGUCACACCUGCGACAGAUCCGAAUACUGGCGACAGAUUCAACUUCUUCGACAUUGAACUUCUGCAGGCCCUGACCGCGGAAGGCGAAGAUAAUAUUGUCGUGGCUCCGGCAAGCGUGAAGGCAGCAUUGACCGCUCUGGUUGAAGGAACCGGCGGUCGCACUGCCACCGAAAUCCUUACCUUGCUCAGGCUACCCUCGGACACAGAGAGCCUGAGGUUGGCUGCGGAACGUUCUUUGGCUCCUUUCAAGGUACGAAGGGUCGGCGCUGAAUUGGAUAUUGCCACGCGUUUGUGGACCGGAAACGACGUCACGGUUAAUCCAAAGUACAGUGAGAUUUUGCGGCAAUACUACAAUAGCGACGUUGAGGUUGUUAACUUUGUCGACGCUCCAGGAGCUUCUCAUUUAAUAAACAACUGGGUACACGAAACAACUAGGGGACACAUUAAAUCCAUCGUCGAUCCUGGCAGUCUUGGUUCCGGAGUGCGGUUGCUAUUGACGAAUGCGUUGUAUCUGAAGAGCAUGUGGAAGACAUCAUUCGAUCGGAGUUUGACCGCCCCAAGAUGUUUCCAGGUGCCAAAUUACGGCUGUGAGAAUACCUACCUCAUGGAGAGUUUGGCAUAUUAUCCGUACGCCUACAUUCCGUCCUUGCAGGCCGAAGCUAUAGAGCUUCCAUACGCGGAUGGGAAACUGUCCAUGUUGAUUCUACUCCCUGAGCGUCUCGAGGACGGAAUACACGCGCUCAUGAAGGACUUGGCUCACACUCCGCUGCCAAGUAUCAUUGGUAGCCUACAAGAAACGGAAGUCCUUUUGUCUCUACCGAGGUUCAGCAUCGAAACCAAGAUAGAUCUGCGAUCAGCUUUAGAAGGUCUUGGAAUCAAAGACUUAUUUGACUUGAAAGCCAACAUUUCCGGAAUCGCAAACGGCCCUCUCAAGGUGGGGAAUAUACUGCACAACGCGAAGAUCGAGGUGAACGAGGAAGGAACAAUUGCUUCAGCAGUUACAGGAAUUGCGGUUGUGCCAUUGAUGGGUUCCACGGUUCAGCGUUUCCGAGCCGAUCAUCCGUUCGUCUUCAUCCUCCGGGACUCGGACUCGGGUUCUGUGCUUUUCGCGGGUCGAGUCACAAGACCAGACUUGAUCCCAGUUUCGGGAGUGCAGAAUAAUAUUAACAUGUCGCGUCGCUUGCUCCGCAGAAGUGUAUAAUAAACAUUGAUAUAUUGUAUAGACUUAUGCGCGUACAAAUACGGGAAAACUGUUAUUAUAAUUGCAAUUUUUGCUAUCAAAUUGAACCCUUUUUCGUUACUGCAGUCCAUAGAAAGUAAUUCAACUGAAUUUUAGGCGGCUUUGAUUAGUCGAAUCUUUUAUUUUCAUUACACUCUACGUAUAACGUCUCAUAUUCUUUCAUUUCCUCGAUUUUUCUCACAUUAAGCUUUAUCUAUAGUCAACGUGAAAAACUUGCUGUUAUUGACGUCACUUGCCGACGACGCAUCGGCAAGAACCGCACUUGUCGGGCGUCGCGACGCCUAACAAUACUUAUAAUUAUGUAAGCGGCUUGACGGACGACGCUCGGAUUACGUCACGAUUAGUGCUAUUUUAUAACGAAUUGUUUUUACGAGUAUCGCGGUUCGAUUACGCCGCGCGCUUACUUUGACUAUACUUUGCUUUUUUAAUUGUAAUUAUUGUUAUUUUGGUUACUAUUAUUACGAUGAUUAUCGUCUCUGUGAGCACUAUAACAAUAAAUUCCAUUUACCAAUGUA